GGACGCUCCGCAGGGGCAUUCCGCCUGUACGACGUCGACAACGACGGGUUCAUCACACGGGCCGAGAUGUAUAACAUCGUCGAGGCGAUCUGCCAGAUGGUGGGCCAGCCGAUGGACGGCGAGAAGAGCUCACAGCGUGUCGACAAAAUCUUCGACUCGAUGGACAAGGACAAUGACGAGAAGCUGACGCUGGAGGAGUUCAAGGAGGGCUCCAAGGCCGACCCCCGGAUCGUGCAGGCGCUCAGCAUCUGCGACUCCAGCAACUGACCCUCGCCGGGCGGCAGGCGCGAGUUCCUCUGACCGCCGCCGCCGCCGC